AUGGGUACAUGCACUUCUUCAUUAAAAAAAAAAGCUGUUAGAGAGAAAAAAAAUACAAGAAGAAGAUUGUCUAUUAGCACAAGAAGUGACUUAGCAAAUGAUACGGACGAAAUAAAAAGAAGUAUCCAAGAGUUAAGGGAAAACGAAGAUAGGUUUAAAGAAUCAUCAGAAAAGGAUACACAAGCGAAGGUAGAAGCAGCAGUAAAAGAGGAAGAUGAAGAAGAAGAGAAUGAAGGAAAAAAAGCAAAUAUAAAAAAAAAAAAAAUAAUAAAUCGAUCUUCCGUAGCAGGUGUAAGAGCAUCUCAUUUUCAAGAAGAUUUUGAAAAAAAAUGUGUAAAAAUUAAAGGAUCGGUUGAUAAAUUAAAUGAAAAUGGUAUAGGAUAUGUAUGUAGAAAGGGUUUAAAACCUGAAAGUCCAAAUCAAGAUGAUUUUAUUAUUAUUACAAUGGAAAAUUUAGCUUUAUAUGCUAUUUUUGACGGACAUGGACCAUAUGGUCAUGAUGUAUCUAAUUAUGUGCAGAAGGAACUACCAUAUAUGAUUAUAAGGAAUGAAAAUUUUUUAAAAAAUCCAAAAGAAGUAUUUACGAAUGCGUUUUUAAAUAUUCAUGAGAAUAUCGAGAAGACUACAAAUGCCUAUUUAGAAGCCUUUGCAAAUAAGGAAAACAACAACAAUAACAACAAGAGAAGUAGCAGCAACAGGAGAAAAAACAAUAACAACCUUAAUAGUAGUAAUGUAGUUGUGAGCUCUCACUUUGAUUUAAACAUGAAGGGGUAUGGAGAUGUAGAAGAAAGUGAUUGUAGUGAUGAUACAUAUACGGAUAGUGAAAACACAUGUGAUGAUACCGAUACUGAUAGUGCUAAUGAUAAUGAUAAAGAUGAUGAUUGUGAGAUCUCCAGCAAAAAGAAAAAAAAAGAAUGUAGUAAAUAUUCAGAUAAAAGGGAAAAUACUACAAAUAAUAAUAAACAAACAUUAAACAAACAAAAAAAGAAAAAAAAAAGAAAAAAGGAGGCCUUUUUUGAUAGCACAAUGAGUGGUACAACAGCAACAAUAAUAGUUCAUCUGUUUAAAGAAAAAAAAUUAUAUGUAGCUUAUGUAGGAGAUUCUAGAGCAGUACUAGGAAAGAGAAUAAACGGAUCUACUAAUAAAUUGGAAGCUGUUGAACUAACGAAAGAUCAUAAACCUAAUUCACAUGAUGAAAAAAAAAGAAUUAUAAAUUCGGGGGGACACGUAAUGAAGUUAGAGGGAGAUAUACCAUAUCGUGUUUUCCUGAAAAACAAAUUUUAUCCUGGGUUGGCCAUGUCAAGAGCAAUAGGAGAUACAAUAGGUCAUCAAAUAGGUAUUAUUUCUGAGCCAGAUUUUAUUGAAGUAAAUAUUAAUGAAGAUGAAGAUAUUCUGGUCCUAAUUUGCAGUGAUGGAGUAUGGGAGUUCAUUUCUUCAGAAGAGGCUAUUAACUUGAUUUACCAAUUUGGAUAUGACAAUGUUCAAGAUGCUGUUGAAAAUUUGGCAAAGGAAUCGUGGGAUAGAUGGCUGAAUGAAGAAGAAAAUAUUGUUGAUGAUAUAACAAUACAAGCUAUAUACCUAUCAGAAAAAUGCAAAAAAAAAAAAUAG